UGGUGGUGUGUGCCUGCGUAAAGAAUAAAUGCAGCCAAUAGCUGCAAGGCUAGUUGAGUGAUGUUUACGAAGUGCCCCUCUGCAUCUCCACAAGUUGGUCGUCUCGCAGAGCAGCUGAUGUAAUCAAGCGCAACUCCAUCUGAGCGGCACAGGUGUUCUCUGGCGGCACAUUCUGAAUGGGCACCGCUGCCUUUGGUCGCGAGUAUUUCUCCGCCCGUUGCAACGUUUUUAUGAGGAAACGCGACGUCCCGCUUGUUGCGCAAGAUGCGUCACUCGGGGAAUUCACCGUAGAUCCGUAGCCUUGACCGCUCUAACCAAUUGUCCUGUCCGUGCCAAGUUGGCCUUGCUUUAAACAAAAAUCACGGUCAGAAUACCCACGCUCCUAGCACCUUUCAGCAUGUUUCAAGUAAUGGGCACUUUGAGGUGCACGAAGCAGCUGCGGCAGGUACUUUCCAAGUAUCGAUGUCUCAGUCAGUGCCGCACUGCCACCAAUGAGGUCCCGAUUGUGGAGCGUGAAGUUCGAGAACUACAGAUCCCCACUCCGUAUGGCCACCUCGCUGCUAAACAGUGGCUGCCCACGUCGGCUGAGGACCCAAGUCGACGUGUUCUGCUUCUGCAUGGCUUCCAGGACAAUGCUGGGAGCUUUGACCUCCUUGUACCAAGGCUUGACCCUCGGUGGAACACAGUGGCCCUUGACUUCACGGGCCAUGGCCUAUCUUCGCACUUGCCCAAAGGGGCGUCAUAUUUUUCCAUGCAGUUUUUGCUCGACGUCUCAUGGACAGCUGACCACCUUGGCUGGAGUGAAUUCUCCUUGAUUGGACACAGCAUGGGAGGCCAUGGAGGCUUUGCUUAUUCUUGCCUCUUUCCAGAGAGGGUCCAGAAUUUGGUGUUAAUUGAUGUUUUUGCACCUUGUAUCAGCAACCCAGAAAAGUUUUACGGAAGCUUGCGGGAAGUGUUAGAGGGCAACGUGCGACUAGGUCAUAAGGAUCUGAGCAAGCCACCUGUCUACACAGAAGAGGAAGUGAUAAAGCUGUACAGGCAUAGCAUAGUUCCGGGCUACCUUCCUGACAACAUCAGAACGCUGAUGAAACGUGGUUGCAAGCCUGUCGGGGACGACCGUUACAUCAUGACCAAGACGUCCGACUUAAGUACACCAGUUGGUUUCAGUGUGACAGUGCUGCCCUGAAAGAGUUCUAUGGCGGUUACACCAACAAUCUCCUGGUAGUGAUGGCUGUUCCUGGCCUUGGGGGUGUGUCUGCGAAGCAUAAGCUACUGUCGGACAUAUGUGCACAAAACUGCCGCACGUUUAAGAUAGUUGAAGUAGCAGGAAACCACCACGUGCAUAUGACUCGUCCAGAUGCAGUGGCUAGUCACAUACGUCUCUUUUUAGAUCCACAUUGAUGCGAUACUACAAUAGCCUAAACCUAAAUUUUUUGUUGUGCACUAUCCUUCCAGGCAGCCAAAGUGAUAACUUUUGCUGAGUGAUGUUUUGUUUUAAUUUUUACUGAUGCUGAACACUUCAGAUAAUUUCAUCUGUGGCCUCAAGGUUGUAGUUGGCACAGCUGUACUGUGCACAGUUCCAUAUUUUGCCAUAUGUGCAAGUGCAUUUUAAAUUUGUCUUGAGGAAAUUUAACUAGUUCUAACUAUAGUGGUAAGAAAGAAACAAAAAAUUUAAUAGGCAGAACGCUGUUUGCUAGAAUGAGCUCAAGCUACGAACUGUUAGGCUGUGGCAAACAUUCAACAUGUUUCUGAGUGAGUGAAAUUUACAAUGUUAUGAUUAAAGAAGGCUUAAUAAUCCAGAAAAAAACAGUAGCUGCGCUGACUUGUCGAGCUGUCAAGCAUUUUGGCAGUGUAUGCUCGGGCAUAUUGAAUUCUUUAUCAGUAAAGUAAAAUGUUAUUGCAUUUCAAUUUAAUUGGGCUCAAGUUGACAAGUAUCAAUAACUUUUCCUACGUUAUUGUGGCCCAAACACGACAAAAUAUUUGGAAACCUGCGAUGUCACAGUUGCCAUCGCGGUAGCGUAGCAUCUACUGGUUUGCACUGCUAAGCUCAAAGACAUGUGUUCCAUUCUCAUUCACAGCAGCAACAUUUUUCAUGUGAGAGAAAUGCAAGAACAUUUGUGUGCUUAUAUUUCCUUAAGCUGCAAAUUAUAAGGAACUCUCUGUAAACUUGUCAAACUUACACAGUCUUAUUCCAAGGCAGAGCAUAGUCUAUUACAAAAAAAAAGAUGAUAGCAAUAUGUGGAUUUGUGCACCCCCUGAAGAAGAGACCGAACGGGUCUCGAAAUGGGGUAGGGUCAGUUUUUUUUUUAAUUAAAGAAACUAAAAACUAAACAUGACUGGAGAGUCUUUUUAUUCCUAUACUUUUCAGUAAUUAUUCAUCAUCAAAGUGUAAUUAAAGAUCUAUUUAUUCUGAAAUCAGUCAUGUUUUACUUCUGCAUAAAAAAAACUCGAAUCUCAGGCACAACAUGCAUGGACAAAUUUUUGUGGUUUAUGUCCAUUUUGAGCAAAACAAACAUAAAGCUUUAGCACGGCUCCCAAAGUGUGGCACGUCGAACGUGUCUUCUAACAUGGUAAUGUCUUCACCAAAGUGAUCCUUUGCAGCAAUAUGCAGCACAGUGAAGUUAAAUGACCGCUAGUUGUCCACUCGGGAAGCUUGUACAAAUGUGCACGUCUCCUUUCAAGCCAUUUGAAGAAACACGUGCAUGACACACCUCUAUAGUUGAUAGUAUGUAAAAUUGUAUGCACCGCCACUAAAGGGGAUAUGUAUGUGCACAGUGAUGAACCCCAGUUGCUAAAAUUAAUCUAGAGUACCCCAAUACUGUGGGCCUGAUAAGGAUUUCGUGGUUUUGGCACGUAAAAACUCGGAUUUUUAAAAAUAUUGUUGUCAUCUUAUUAGUAGCAUAGCAGUGCUCUGUUUUCAGCCUGUAAUUGGAAUGCUGUUUUGCUCUCUCGUUCCUGUCUAGUAUGUUUCGGUUAGACUUCUCAGUAGUAUUUAGUGCAACGCAACAGAUAAUACACCCUAUAAAUAGUCCUAUUUCUCACUCUAGUAUUUAGAAAAGCGGAUGUUUAUCCUUUUAUCAACCGUAUUUUACCGUUAAAUAAUGCAACUGAAGUUUUUAAACAAUAAUUUACCAGGCCAAACUCAUUUAGCGUUGUUCCUUAGCAAUCUUUUGAGGCCACAUGUAUAUAAUGCAAGGUUAAGGGUAUUUCCGUUCUCUGUAAUCACGGCCCUGUUCCACUUCUGGUUAAGUGGCCCAUUAUGAUGUGGGCUAUUUUUUAUGAUUAGUGGUAGACAUUCAGUAAAAUUAUGUCAUCACAACAACUUCUAACUGCAUAAGCAAGUUGGUCCUUCACUAAAUCCAAGCCUUGCAUUAGGAGUAGGUAUCUGGGCCUAGUGGUGAUACAACACUUGUGCAGGACACAAGGAUAUUUUAUUCAGUAUGACUAUAAGUGUUAGUAAUUUUGAUGAGCAACUUUACUCUGCAAAGUGUAAUAUCUUUUUUCAAUAGCGCUUUGAAUUUAUUCGUACUUGGUUACAUGCAGUGUGACUGAUACAAGGACAGAAGACACAUACAAGUGCUCUCUCUAUUAUUUUUUAAUGCUGAAAUGAAGAAAACAUUUAGUGUAACUGCAGUGAUGACAUGCAGUAUUCAGCAGUGUGGAAGUCUCACUACUAGUCUCAGUAAUUACAGGCCAUGGGGGUGUUGAAAGUUGUCUUCACGCGGAAGUUUUUUAAUGGGGAUUUCUCAAAUGGUUGCGUUCGCAGGACAGGACUAGUGUAUACAUGACGGAAAUGCACUAGUUUGUCCAUUACAAAAACAAAGAAAAAAAAGGCGUACAUGCUUUAAUAGUUUCCAAAAGCACGCUCAAGUGUUGUUUCCUGAAACAUCUCGUGGUGAUAUUUGUGGUAGUAGUGGCUUGCUUGCUUUCUUGCUACCAAGGCAAGGUUUAUGGUUUUGUUUAUCAUGUACAGUAAGUAGCAGAUGAAAGGUGAUGUAUUUUAUGGUAGCUCUCUGUCUUGAUUUACAGAACAGGCACUCGCAGUGUAAUAAUGACGCCUAAUUGGCAGCUCAUCCGGUUAUGCUGGUUUCAGGUGCACAAGUACCUGUGUGUGUUCGGCUUGCUUUCUUUCCGUUAUCCUAGCUGUUCUUGCUUUAUUUUUGUUCGAAAUUUUAAUUGUUUUUUUAUCACAUUGCUCUUUCUUGAUGUCGAAUGAAAUAUUGUACAAAUUUAGGGGAUAACUCUAAAUAAAAGCAAGAACGCUCUAAAUAAAAGCAAGAAUGAUUAUGGGCUCUGAAA